UUCGUGAAUUUCUAACGUAAUUCAUAAGUGCUUCGUGAUAUUGUAGAACGUAUACGCGCUAUUGUGUAUUGAUUUCACGAAUAAACAUAUACAUAAGACAGUAUUUUGAAACGAUGAGAUAAAAUCUUUUUUAUAUUAUUGCAAUUAAAUCAUCUCGUAAAAAUUGAUAACUCAAGAAUUAUCUUUUCAUGUUUGUAUUAUAGAGAAAGCAUAUUAUUUUUCUAAUAAUACUGUUCGAUAAGGUUUCGGUUGACAAUGGCCGAACUUCUUUUGGAUUCAAAUAUUCGUGGAUGGGUAUUUCUACCCAUAGUCGUUAUUACAUUUCUAGUAGGAAUUAUUCGACAUUAUGUUUCUAUAUUACUGGCUUCGCAGAAAAAAGUGGAGGUCCAUCAGGUACAGGAUAGUCAAGUGAUGAUACGCUCUAGACUUCUUAGAGAAAAUGGUCGGUAUAUUCCAAAGUUUGCAUUUAUAAUGAGACGACAUUUCUUUAAUAACGAAGAAACAGGAUAUUUUAAGACACAAAAGCGUGCUCCUGUAUCGCAAAAUCCAAUGACUGAUCCUAACAUGAUGACAGAUAUGCUAAAAGGAAAUAUAACAAAUGUUUUGCCAAUGGUCCUUAUAGGUGGUUGGAUAAAUUGGAUGUUCUCUGGAUUUGUUACAACUAAAGUUCCAUUUCCUUUAACGUUAAGAUUUAAACCAAUGUUACAACGAGGUAUAGAGUUAGUCACUUUAGAUGCUGCAUGGGUUUCUUCUGCAUCUUGGUAUUUCUUGAAUGUAUUUGGAUUACGUUCUAUCUACACUCUUGUACUUGGUGAAAAUAAUGCUGCUGAUACAUCUAAACUUUUACAAGAUCAAGUAUCGGGUGCAGCAAUGUCGAUGCCACCAGACCCGAAAGCAGCUUUUAAAUCUGAAUGGGAAGCUUUAGAAAUAUGUGAACAUAAUUGGGCAAUACAAGGAGUAGACACAAAUAUUACAGGAUCUCAUAGUAAGCUGGAUACAAGUGAUAGUAUAUAUCAUCAAAGUAAAACUUAAUAUUCUACUAGCCAAUGUUUUCAUAAACAAUAUAGUAUAUUCUUAUGAAGUGCUAUGAAAAGUUCAACAUGUUUCUAAAAACAUUAAAUGAAUGAUUUAUAUCAUAUAAUUAAUAUAACAUGAGUAAUUUAUAUUAAUUUAAAAACAUUGUAGUAAAUUCUAUUAUGUACAAAUAUCUAACAUCUAAAUAAAUAUAAAAUAAAUCAUUUUAAAUACCAAAGCAAUUAUAAAAAUCAC